AUGCUUGCGAAACAUCUAGAUAGUAAAGAUACAAGUACAACCAGGGAUUUAUUGCCCCUAAAUCGUAAAAAUGUUUCGAAAUAUCUAUGGCAGCAUUAUGGGCGAACUAUAAUGAAAUGCUUUUGGGAUCUGGUCGGGUUGCAACAGAUAUUAUCGGAUGCUUUACGUUAUCCCACAUCUAAUUCUCGAUCGACAAUAAACGCCUUUGAUUUAAAACAAAUAACAAAUAACACUAAAAAUCGACGACAUACAUUUCCCCAAAAACAUAUCAACGAUUCACGGACCAAUGACAAUAAUAUUUCACAAGUAUCUGUUUCAAAUGUGGUUAUGUUAGCUGCUAAUGAUGAGGAUGAUGAUUUUAUCAUACAAAAACAACGUCCAUCACAACAGCCAGUCAAAAGAAAAUCAAAAAUUUCAACAAUAACAAUAACAAAACGAAAAACAAAAUAUUUAUUUGAAGAUGUUGUACCAGUACAAUCGUGGUCAUCGUACAAUGAUAAUUUUUGUGAUCCAUAUGGGUUAGUUGGUGGUGCAACAGCAAAUAGAAAUCAACCAAACUGGUUAAAUUUACCAGCUGAAAUUUAUCAACAAAUAUUUUCGUAUAUACCAGUUAAACAAUUAUUAACUCAAGUUCAGUGUGUUUGUCAAGCAUGGAAACAAAUUGUGAAUGAUGAAAAUUUUCUUUGCUGGGCAAAAAUAUUUUUAUGUUAUGAACAUGAAGAAAAAACAGCAUUGACAAAAAUUGAACGUCUCUAUUCAGUGAAUAAUGCAAAUCAUGAUAAUAUCUUGGAAAUUAUUUUAAACGAGGGUACAAAGAUCAGUGAACCAAUAAAUGAAGAUCCGUGCACAAUUCGAUUUAAACUCAAACAUUUUGUCUUGGAACAAUUAAAUAAAAAAUUGAAAAAACAUUCAAUGUAUGAUUAUGUUAUUGAUUUGUUGUCUAAAAACAAAGAUAAUAAAUACGAAAUUAAAUAUUUUACAUCAAAAUUUUUCAAUCCUGUUUGUACAACAAUAGCUAUAUGUAUACUAGCUGAAAAUGUGCAUUCUGUUCGUCAGUUAUUACGUUUAUGGUUUUGUUCAAUGUCAACGACCAAUAUGAAAUAUGAAACUAUCAUUGAUUUAUUCUAUUAUUUGUUGACAUUAUUUACCGGUGCUAGACGUUUGUAUGACGUAGUACAAUUUCGAUAUCCGUACAUGUUGUACUAUUGUUUGAAAGAAAUGGAAGAUUCUGUUUUAAAUCAGUUUAAUUCAAUUGGACAAUAUAUAUCAAAUAUGUAUCAUUCUUUAUUUUUAUUUAUUAAAAGUUUAUCAACUCUUCAAUUAACGGAACAACAAGAAACAAUAUUAUGUCAUGAUCUAGAGUACAAUGAAACAAUUAAAAUACAUGCCUUUGCAGGAACGGGUAAAACAACAACGCUUAUAGCCUAUGCUGCGCGACGUAUGGAUGAAACUUUUUUGUACAUUGCUUAUAAUAAAGCUAUUCAAACUCAUGCAGAAACGAUAUUCCCGAGUAAUACAUCAAAUACAGCAAAUCAAACUGCUAGUCAACUUGUGUUAACAGCAGAAGAAAAGAGUAAUAUCGCUGCUGAUGCUGAUACUGUGUGGGCAAUAAUGAAAGAUGCUAAAGAUAAUCGUGUUUUGAUGACACAUGAUGGCUAUCUGAAACUUUAUCAAUUAUCAAAGCCAAAGAUUUUAACGUUCGAUUGCAUAUUUGUUGAUGAAGCACAGGAUUUAACACCUGCCGUAAUUGAUAUAAUUAAUAAUCAAGGUGUUUCGAAAAUAUUAGUCGGUGAUCGUCAUCAACAAAUUUAUGCAUUUCGAGGCGCUGUGGAUGCUAUGAGUAAAAUGGAAUCGAUCGUAACAUUUUAUUUAACUAAAAGUUUUCGAUUUGGCUAUGAAAUUGCAUUCGUUUCAAAUUUAGUAUUACAAAAGUUUUGCAAUGAAACAAAAUAUCUUGUUGGAAAUGAUCGUUCAUGUUUUAUUGAUGGUCGAUCUUCAUCUCUGACACAUGGUCAACAACACCUACCUCAACAAAAAGCCUAUUUAUUUCGUACAAAUUUUGCUCUAUUCAAUUUUGCUGUUAAAUUGAUAUUUGAAAUGAAUAUAUCAAACGUCGGAUUUGUUGGCGGUUUUGAUAGUUAUGCGUUCGAUCGAAUUUUGAAUAUUUAUUUUUUGUGGUUAGAUCCAGAAGAGAGACGACGACGAGCUUAUCGAAUUAAAGAUCCACAAUUAGUGAAUUUUCAAUCGUUUAGAUCAGGGGAGUGA